GUGAUAUAUUGCUAUAGUGGGAAAUAUAUAAUAAAAGAAAUAAACUGAAGAAGUUAUUGUUACAGACAAAGUUUUUUAAUAGUUUAGAACGCCUUCGUCCUUUUUUUUUUUCAAUAGAUUUUUAAUUUAAUUAUUUAAUAUAAUAAAAGUUCAUUUAUUUUAAUAAAUUAAUGUUAUUGAUUGGAUAAUUGUGAUAUAACUUAGUUCUUCUUUUUCUUUAUGUUACUAUUUACUUUAAAAGUUAGAUAUAAGAAGUAGUUUAUGUAUAGGUUCUUCUUACGCUCCUAAAUACAGAUGCUAAAUUCCAAAAUAGAUUAAAAAUCACCCUUCUCCUUGAUAUGAACAUUUUUUCGUGUUUUCCAUUAACAGGCCAGCUGGGGGAAGGUACACGUUUAAUAUUUGUCAAAACAUUUUUUUUUUUUAAAUAUAUUUGGUUAAAUCUUUCCCUAUGCUUUCUCAUUUUUUUCCCCAGCAACUCGUUGUAGGUGGAUCAUUUUACGGUACUGGAUGUGUGUAAAAUAGCGGGUUUUUUUGUCAGUUGUGACAAAUUUUGUAGUUUCGAACGGAAGGAGAUGUCUUUCUAAUUUUAUCUCUGCUUUUUAACGAUGUCAUAAUACUCGUUCAAGCUCAUUUAGUGGAUAUGAAAUUCUUCGAAGACAUUUUUUAUUUAUUUUGGGUAUUUGAUAGUUUUCUGAUAAUUAAAACAAUGUGUCAUAAAACGUUGUUUUUCGGAUAGAAAACAUAAUUGAACAGGAGAAUUGGAGAAUCGGUUUGUUUGAUUGCUUUUGCAAUUUAUUUUGUCAAAUUUGACACUAAAGUCAAAAUGACUUUAUUAAUUCUUUCAUUCGUAAACUCUAAAUUUUUGUGAUUUAUAAAAUAAUUCAAUUCUAAAUUCUAGUCAAUCUACAAAUACAAUAUAAUAAUAAAAAACAAUUCCUAAAAAAUUUUAAUGUAAACUAAGAUAUUUUAAAUAGUAUUACCAUGUCUGACGAAAAUGCCAACGAAGAAGAUAGAUGCAUUUGCGAGUAUAUAAAAAAGAGGAAUCGGCUUGUUCACCUCAGCAAAAAUUUCGGCAUCGGAAGUCAAAUCAAACUGACCGAAAGAGAAAGCGUGGUAAACGAUUACCUCAUGAAAUACAAAAAUGAAGAAAUGGAUAAAGGAUUUGGCAGACCCGACCGUUUUCUACCCGCUAAUCAUUUUUUUACUUCCAGAGCAAAAAUCGAGAAAUCGAAAGUUUUUCAAUUUCUCAGAGCCAUGCCGAAAGGGGCUUCGUUGCAUAGUCACGAUCUUGGUAUGGUUUCCGCGGAUUAUCUUUAUUCUCUUACUUUCAAAGAAAACUUAUACGCACUCGUUAAAGAUGAAGAACUGUUUUUACAGUUUUUUAAGAAGAAGAAAGUUCCCAAGGACCAAGAGUGGAUCCUUGUAAGCGAAUUAAGAGAAAACGAUCCAGAAUUUGAAGAUUUUCUGAAGUCCAAGUUAACUUUAAUUUGUGAAAAUCCGGACGUUGCUUAUCCCGACGUAGACACUGUGUGGAAGUCCUUUCAAAAAUUGUUUAUAAAUCUAGAAAAGCUUAUAACUUACAAACCCGUAUUUCAAGAAUACUUCUAUCAGGUUUUAAAAGAGGCGUACGAAGAAAAUGUAAAAUAUUUAGAAUUUAGAGGCUUCUUACCCAAUGUUUAUGACAUCGAUGGUAAAACCUAUAGAAAUGCUGACGUGGUAUGUUUAUAUUGGGAGACAUUAACACAAUUUCUAUGCGAACAUGUGGAUUUUGUUGGUUGCAAGUUUAUCUUCGCUCCACAUAGAUUAGUAGGUUCCGAAGUAAUGGACGAAUACGUUUGCAUAUAUAAAUGCAUCAAAGAAAAAUUUCCCAGAUUUGUUCUCGGAUUCGAUUUAGUUGGUCAAGAAGAUCUAGGUGCCCCUUUAAUUAAUUUCAUACGCCAAUUUUUAGACUUGAAAGAAUCUGGUUGUAAAUUCUUCUUUCACGCUGGCGAGACUCACUGGAACGGUCAGCCUACCGAUUACAAUAUCUUCGAUGCAAUACUGUUAGGUUCAGUGCGGAUAGGCCAUGCAUUCGCUUUGUUGAAGCAUCCUUUAGCAGCCAAUUUAGUGAAAGAACGCGGAAUUGGUAUAGAAAUUUCCCCGAUUUCUAAUCAAGUAUUGAAAUUAAUCGACGAUGUGAGAGACCAUCCCGCUGCUUUAAUGAUUGCGAAUAAUUAUCCGGUUGUUAUAGUUAACGACGAUCCUUCUUUUUGGGGAGGGAAAGGGAUUACUUACGAUUGGUAUGUCACUUUUAUGGGAAUGUGCCAUAGAGACGCUGACAUUAGACUUUUGAAGCAACUGGCUCUUAAUUCUAUCCAGUACAGCGGUUUAGAUGACGAUGAAAAAGAUAUUGCUUUCGCGCAAUUUAAUUGUGAUUGGAACAAGUUUUUGACGAGAGUAUUGAAGGGUUGUGAAUGUUCGUCUGCUAAUAAAGAUUGUGGUAAAUAAUACGUCUUUUAAUUGGUUUGGAAGUUUUACACUUUCCUCUAUUUUUAACUACAAGAUGCAAUAUCCAUGAAAAAAUAAUAUUUCUAUUGCUGCUGUAACAAAAAUAAAAACUUGAAGGGAGCUCCCAAAUGAAAACGUGUUUUUUUGGAUUUUUUGUUCGAUAUUAAAGUAUUUAAAAAGUAUUUAUGUUAAAUCUUGUACGAUGGUCUUUUAUUCAAACUAUAGCCCCGUAGAUCCACCUUCUAAGCAAUUCUGAGCUCUAAGUAAUUCUGAAAUAAGUCUUUAAACUACGUCUGGCUUUUUAAUAAAGGUGUUGUUGGCA